AUGCCUCCUUUUCUUGCCCCCUCUUCCGCCACAUCGAAUGGUUUAAAGAGGAAAUCUGAGGCCACCGAAGACUACAGUCGAAAGCGCCCGGCAAACGACACUACAAGUUCCGGCGGGGAGCGAUACUGGAUGGUGCAAUGGAGACUGCCUCAGGCCAGAAAGCACAAGACGUGGGAAGGAGACGGCGUGCUGGUGGUGAACAGCUCUCGAGCCACACUCAUGGAUCAAGACGGUCGCGUCAUCGGCUCGGGAAAGAUAGGCUUGCAAACUCUCGAAGAAGGCGCGCAGCUGAGCGUUGGGGGAAAGGAGCUCGAACUUGACCGUGCCCUCUCGCGUCACGAAUAUCUGUCUGGAGAGUGCUUUGGCCGUAGCACUACGGGCACGUCCAAUCCAUCAACCAGCUCCAACACCUUCACAAAGAAAUUCACCCCUCUACGUCCUCUUACCAUCAAUCCCGGCACCACCGUACGCCAACCAUCCACACCAUCUGUUACUUCGAAAGUCACUUCGAAGGACGACGAUUUGGGGCACGCGCCGGAGUCAUAUUGGACUGCGAACUGGCGCAAACCACAAGGCAAGAAACACAAGACUUGGGACGGGGAUGCCUUCGUCGUCUUCAAGCGAGGAAAGAUAACUCUCAUCUCGGAGCAGGGAAAGAUCCUAGGCAGCAAACCUUACGAGGGCGCGCGGCUCAUGUCCGGUUUCAAGAACUUCAUCGCCGGCCGAGAGAUUGAACUGGAUGCACAAGUGCCGCGCUCGAGUCUUCCAGCUCUAACAGGUGUCGUAGACGAACCCGAGAACGAGAUCGACCCGGAUGCGUUUCAGCUCUCUCAAUCAACUCCUGCCCGGCGAGCCAACUCCCCCAUUAUUGUUCAGGAUGCGUCAUCGCCUGUCAGGAAUAGUCCAUCCGCCACCAAGAAGUUUGUGGCUCCAGCAGCAUUCUAUAAUGCACCUGCUACCAAACCCAAACCGAAGGGCCCCUUGCACGACCCCGCCGGCGAGGGUGCAAUCGUCAUGAAGUCGCCCGACGCCGAACAUAAACGAAAAUAUAAUAAGAAGGGAUAUCCGGUCGUUCCCGUAGUUUUGGAUCCUCUCCUGGGCCGACGUCUACGGCCACAUCAAGUUGAGGGUGUCAAAUUCAUGUAUGAAUGCGUCAUGGGUUUGCGUAAACAUGAAGGCCAGGGUUGUAUCCUUGCAGACGAGAUGGGCAUGGGCAAGACUCUGCAGACUAUCACGCUGAUUUGGACGCUUCUGAAACAGAACCCUUAUGCGGGUGGUGGGCCCUCUGUCGGCAAAGUUCUCAUCGUUUGUCCGGUCUCACUCGUGAAUAACUGGAAAAGCGAGUUCAACAAAUGGCUGGGACGCGACCGACUCGGCAUCAUGGCUGGCGAUAAGGAUAAGAGUAUACUGAAGCAGUUCAUCAACUCCAAGCGCGACCAGGUUAUGAUCAUCGGGUAUGAGCGCCUGCGCUCCAUCAUCGCCGACCUCGCCUACUGCAACCCACCGAUUGGGCUCAUCAUUGCCGAUGAAGGACAUCGCUUGAAGGGCGCAGGGAACAAGACAUCCACAAUGUUUGAGGCUUUGAGAACCAAGCGCCGAAUCAUUCUGUCUGGUACACCCAUCCAGAACGAUCUUGGCGAGUUCCAUGCGAUGGCCGACUUCUGUAACCCUGGUCUACUUGACGACUACAACACCUUCCGUCGGGUAUACGAAACGCCCAUCCUUCGCAGUCGCACUCCUGGCUGCUCCGAUAAGGACGCUCAACUUGGCAAGGCGCGGGCGGCCCAGUUACAAGAGGUCGCGCGUAGCUUCGUCUUACGUCGGGAUGCUACAAUCUUGAAGAGCUACCUACCCCCAAAACAUGAAUACGUCGUCUUUGUCACACCCACUACCUUGCAACUGUCUAUCUUCAACAAGCUCUUGAACCCCGACAAGCUUGACAACAUUAUUCAUGACUCAACAGCCGAGUCGCUCGCUUUGAUCAACAUGUUGACAAAAGUCAGCAAUAGCCCUAUCCUCUUACAGGCCGUCGCGGAUAAGAACCGAGGAGACGCCGGUUCCAAGAAGGCGAAGGCAAGAGCGGUUGAAGAGGCGGUCAAACUUCUUCCUGAGCGUGCUCAGGUGGAUGAUGUAUCGUUGAGUGGCAAGCUGGCAGCAUUGGCCACAUUAUUGCGAGCGAUCAGGAAGGAUACUGACGAGAAAUGCGUUCUUGUCUCGCAUUAUACGUCAGCACUAAACAUUCUCGAGGCCUUUUGCAAGAAGAAGUCCUACAGCUAUCUACGCCUCGAUGGCUCGACCCCCACUGCCAAGCGCCAAGAGUACGUGAACGAGUUCAACAGGUCAAGCCAGAACCGAUGCUUCAUCUUCUUGUUGAGCUCGAAGGCCGGAGGCGUUGGCCUGAACCUCAUAGGCGCUUCUCGGCUAUGCUUAGUGGACUCGGACUGGAAUCCUAGUCACGAUCUCCAAUCUAUGGCCCGUAUCCAUCGAGAUGGUCAGAAGCGCGAGGUCCAUAUCUAUCGUUUCUUGACUGCCGGUACCAUCGAUGAAAAGAUCUACCAACGUCAAGUGACCAAACUGGGCCUCAGCAGUACUCUGAUUGGCGAUGGAAAGGGUCAAUCGAAAUCGGACUCUUUCACUCCGAAAGAGUUAAGGGACAUCUUCACUGUGCAUCCCAAUACUGCCUGCCACACUCACGACCUGCUUGACUGUCCUUGCGAUCGAGAAAACGUCCAUACGAAGUCCGGUCCCGCAGACAGUGGCAGCGACGGUUCAGACAGCGAAGAAGAGCGCCCAGCGAAGUUCAUAUCUGCUUCGCAGGUGAACCCGGGCAAGGCGGACAAAGGGUACCUCAAGAAACAGAAGGCUGCCCUGGCAGCUCUAGGACAAUGGCGCCACAUCAACUGUCUGAAGCCCGGUGCAAAAGCGCUUAUCAAAGAUGAUCUUCUCCAUCACUUGCUGCAUAUGCCUGAGCGCAACACUGCGUCGUUGUCAUCCGAGGCACGUCCUCGCGCUUCAACGCUAUUAGACGCCGUGGAUCUCGACAAUGUUCUGGCCAUGUCAGUUGAUGACGCCGAUAACUUGCGCGAUGUCCCUGGUGGCACCCUCUCGUUCCUGUUCCAGAAGGAUACUUCCAUCACCACACAAGAAGAAGAAGAGCGGGGCAUUGAUGAUGAGGUUGCGGAGGAGGAUGGUCAAGGCGAGAACGUGGUCGAUUCUGGGGAAGAGUCGGACAUAUCGAUGCCGGAGACUAUAUCGAAGUAA